UGAAAACUUUCAGACUCUUCUUCUUCUCACCCUCUCCCCAUUGUUAUACUAACUUCUUAAAUUCUCUCUCUCUCCCUCUCCACAUAUGCUUUCUUCAGUCUCACCUCUUCCAAACCUCUCUCCCAUCUUGUAAUAUUUAGUUCUACCCCUGUAUCCAUAGGUUCUCUGUAUAGAUAGAGAUUUUUCUUCCAAGCCUCCUCCUCUUCUUCUUCUUCUUCUUGUUCAUAUUCAGUAUCAAAAUCAGUUAAACCCAAAGAGAAAAGGCUUGAGAGAAGUAACGAAAAAGAAAAAGAACACCCACCCAGAUUCUUGUCUUGGAAAUUUCCUCUUGCAAUGGGGGAAGGGGACAGUCUAAGGAAGAACAACAACGUUGUAUUAUUGUUUACUACUGGCGUGCUGCUGUUUUUGAGUUUUCUGCAGGUUGCUUGGAGCAGCAGGAGUUGGGAUGGAGUUAUGGUGACUGCAAAGGAUUAUACUGCGCUAAGUGGCUUGAAGAAUGAGCUGAUUGAUUUCAGAGGAGUUCUGAAGAGCUGGAAUGGAAGCGGCGGGAUGAUCGGAGCUUGUUCCGGAGGGUGGGUUGGGAUCAAAUGUGUGAAGGGUCAGGUGAUUGCCAUACAGCUUCCAUGGAAAGGUCUAGGUGGAAGAAUUUCCGAGAAGAUUGGAGAAUUGAAAGCUCUCAGAAAAUUCAGCCUCCAUGACAAUGUCCUAGCUGGGAGUAUUCCCACCUCUCUUGGCUUCCUUCCCAACCUCAGAGGACUUUAUCUCUUCAAUAACCGCCUUUCUGGGCUGGUCCCUCCCUCACUUGGGAGAUGCCCACUUCUUCAGACUCUUGAUCUUAGUAACAAUCAGUUCAAUGGCACUAUUCCUCCCAUCCUCUCAAAUCCCAGCAACCUGUAUAGGCUCAAUCUCAGUUUCAAUGCACUUUCUGGCCCAAUCCCAGUCAGUCUCACUCAGUCCUCUUCUCUGGUCUUUCUUUCUCUUCACCAAAAUAACCUCUCUGGUUCUAUUCCAGACACCUGGGGUGGCAGUAGUAAUAGUAGUAAUAAGCUUCAAACCUUGACCCUUGAUCACAAUCUUCUUUCUGGAAGGAUUCCAGUUUCCCUUAGUAGGUUAGGUCUGGUUGAAGAGAUUAACCUUAGUCAUAACCAGUUUUCUGGAACCAUACCUGAUGAACUAGGCAGCCAUCUGUCUAGGCUUCUGGUUCUGGAUUUAUCUCAUAAUGCGAUUAGUGGAGGCUUCCCUUCUACUUUUUCCAAACUAACUGCUCUUAAAACCCUGAACUUGAAUCACAAUAAGUUGACCGGUCAGAUCCCAGUCAACAUAGGGAAUCUUUCCGGCUUGACCCUUCUUGAUUUGUCCAAGAACAACCUCAGUGGUGAAAUCCCAGAAUCUAUUGUGUCCUUGAGAAACCUGACAUCUUUAAACGUCUCCUACAAUGACCUCUCUGGUUCAGUUCCAAUUCUUCUUUCCAAGAAGUACAAUUCAAGUGCUUUUGUUGGGAAUAUCCAGCUAUGCGGAUAUGCCCCUUCCAUUCCUUGCCCUUCUCCCCCUCCAUCUCAAAACCUUCCAUCAUCAUCUUCAAAAGGGGCUUCUUCUGUCCAACACCGGAAAGUAAGUACAAAGGACAUUAUCCUCAUAUUAGCUGGAGUUCUUUCUAUCAUUCUGCUUCUCCUAUGCUGCAUAUUGCUCAUCUGUUUGAUCAAGAAGAAGGCGAGUUCAAAACAUAGAACAAGUGAGAAAGCAGCCACUGAAGGGGCUGUGGCUUCUUCUGGAAAAGCAACUUCUGAAAAUGAAGGUAGUGGAGGGGGUGAAGGUGGUGGUGGAAAACUAGUGCAUUUUGAUGGCGCUUUCGUGUUUACGGCUGAUGACUUGCUAUGCGCGACGGCGGAGAUAAUGGGGAAGAGCACAUACGGGACGGCUUACAAGGCGACUUUGGAGGAUGGGAAUCAAGUAGCUGUGAAGAGGCUAAGGGAGAAGAUCACAAAGGGGUAUAAAGAGUUUGAGCAUGAGGUUUCUGAUCUUGGUAAAAUCAGGCAUCCCAACAUUUUAGCUCUUAGGGCCUAUUACUUGGGUCCUAAGGGUGAGAAGCUUCUUGUCUAUGAUUAUGUAUCUAAUGGCAGCCUUUCCUCUUUUCUUCAUGCAAGAGGGCCUGAAACAUCGAUAGACUGGACGACGAGGAUGAGCAUCACAAUGGGGAUAACACGGGGCUUGUGCUACCUCCACGCGAAGGAGAACACAAUAGUCCACGGAAAUCUAUCCUCAAGCAACAUUCUCCUUGAUGAAGGAAACAACCCCAAGAUAGGGGAUGUUGGGCUGUCAAGGUUGAUGACAAACGCGGGGAACACAAACGUGAUAGCAACCGCUGGCACAUUAGGCUAUCGUGCACCCGAGUUCUCAAAGCUAAAGAACGCGAGCACGAAGACGGAUGUGUACAGCCUAGGAGUGAUCAUGCUGGAGCUGCUAACAGGGAAAUCGCCAAGCGAGUCAACGGGCGGGUUGGACUUGCCAGGUUGGGUGGCGUCCAUUGUGAAGGAGGAGUGGACUAAUGAGGUGUUUGAUGUGGAGUUGAUAAGGGAUGUAGCGAGUGCAGGGGAAGAGUUGCUUAACACGUUGAAACUGGCACUCCAUUGCGUCGACCCUACUCCGGGUACUAGGCCCGAAGCUCAGCAAGUUAUUGAGAGGCUGGAGGAGAUCAAGCCUGAGCUUGCUGCAGCGCCUUCUUCAUCAGCCACUACAAACCCCAGCUCCCCAGCUGCAGUUCAAGAGAGAACUGAUGAUGAGUAACAAUAGUCUUACUGAGUAUACAUCAUAUACAUUGUGAUUGCCUUGUGGUAAUUAUUUUUGCUGCAUUUCAUUAUCAACGUAUUCACUUAUUUUUAUUCAUUCAUUUAUUCAUCUGCUCAAAAAAUAAGUGCUUUGUUUAGUAUUUUAUUUCACAGUUUUUUGCUGGAGUAGUUAAGUUGCAUAUAUAGAAAGAGGAGUGAGCUUGUUAUUUUAUUUGUUCAUGUUCUUGAUCCAGUCCUUUUCUUUGCCCAAUAUGUAAUACAAAUAUGUUCUCUUGUUUGGCUUCAAUAUAAACAUUUCUUUAAAGUCUUUAACUCCUCUAGCCUUGUAAAC